GGUGAUGGAGACCUUGGCGGAGUUAAGGGCACAAGUACUCCAACUGCAAAACGAGAAUGCAAGGUAUAGAGAGGAAAGGUGCGCUUCCGAGGCAAAAGAUACUAGUGACCGAGCUAGUAUCAAUUAUCAACCGAAAUUUCCCGAGGGCAUUUCACCUUGUCAGCUGUAUCUAUCGUCACCAACUUAUCGCAUGGUUGGCAAGGGAAAAGUGCACAAUACUUCGGGUGAAUUACUUCACCAUAAUCCCCUCCCGGUGGGAUUUAUGAAAGUUUCGGUUGACCUUGUAUUAGAUACGGACGCCCUUCUCCCAUUACCCGACGUUGUUUCAGAGACAACGUUGAUGCGAGAUGCAGUCGGAUCCUUUGUUGGUUGGCCGUCAGAUCUAAUUUUCCCAGAUGCCGAGGUAUAUAUAUUCUAAAUGAUUAUGAAUAUUUAGUAUUCACAUUUCAAUUCAGCUACAAUUAUGAUAUUUAAUCAAUCCUUAUUACAUGGUAAUGUUAG